GCGCUUGUAGCCAUCGCACGAAGCAAAGGAUAGCGUCGUUGACGUAGGACAGCCGAUCAAAAAGUUGAAUGCGACCUCCUUGCGCCCGAUGGCGUACUGCUGUGUGCCACAUUGCCGGUCGGAUGGGAAACAAAGGAUUCCUGGUGUUUCUUUUCACGAAAUUCCUGCGGGGGAGACAGCACGGCAGCAGUGGAUAAAGGCUAUACGAAGAGACGACUGGGUGCCCAACACGACGUCGAACUACUCCAGAGUGUGCAGCAAACACUUCAGGGAGACAGACUUCGCAGAGGGAAAACGGCGUCGCCUGAAAAAUGGCGUUAUCCCCACCCAGCAGACGCCAACGAUUUCCGCCAAGCUGCCAGAGGAAGCUGUUCACGUGUUGGAGCGCUUGAAGCGGACAAAUGUGCCAGCUAGACUUCCAACAUUGCAGCUGUCAGCAGUUGUUUAUGUUGGUGGCUACAUCGCACGCGUUGUUAUGGAGCACAUGGAUUGUGAAGAUUGCUGUGCCGUUACAACGAAAGCUCUUUCCAACCAGCCACUCCAGCAGUUUGUUCGGCAUCAAGACAGAGGCGGACUGCUCUAUCCUUCGGACAAGCUGCUCUACGUCCUGGAAACCUUGCGGCAGUUUGUAGAAACGGCACUUCAAAGGGAGCCAAGGCUUCAAAAGCCCCUGAAAACACUGCUUGAAGCAGCUGUUCCAGCCGUGUCAAAUUCAGCGCUACUGAAGUGCACUACGUCUGAUAGCCAGCACCACAAUGAUCUAGCCGUGCUGGUUUGCACAAGAUUCAUCAGGCCACUCCUUGUCAACUAUGCUUCUACAACCACGGAUAUAAAACAUUUUUCCAGAAGCCGCUAUCACGAAAAUAUGUGA